GACGCGCGUGCCAUUUACAGCGCAUCACUGGGGAGGUCAGCCUAGGUGCUAGUAAACAGAGAAAUGAUUAUUACCAUAGGACGUCUGGAAAUGACGAGUUAAUUAAGAUUAAAAGAAAGGAAUGGAGAGCAGGGUGGAGGGUGCUGUGACACCGGGCCGUUCAGUGCCCCAGACGGACAGUACAGUACUCGACUGGAGCUUGUUUCACACACACAUCAACCCUCCCAUACCCCAUAACUAUGGCCAUUAACAACGUAGCGGUUCCAUGGUCUCUCCUGCUGGUGCUCCUGCUGGUGCUGGAGUUAUGUGUGCUCGUGACGCCCAAGGAAGAGGUGCCUGACACUCCCCCAGCCGUCCCCAAGGAGGCCUUGAACGCUAUGGUUAUGAGACACCUGAAGCAGUUUCACCAGGUGGGGGAGGAUCAGGAUGUAAUGUGGAAAAAGGAGUUAUGGCCUCCUACACCAAAUGAGGACUAUGAAAACCUUUUGUCUGAUGGCGAAGACACCUUCAACCCCAUGGUCCUUGCUCUACGCCAUCUGGCUGGACACAACAUGGAGAGUCUUGUUGCGGGCACAGUCUGGGACACACACUCUGAUGGGGAUGACGGUGCUGAUGAUGGUGAUGACACCAACAGCAGAAGCUCCAGGGCACCCUCCUCCAUCUUCCACCCCUCUGCUCUGUUGAACCCUAUGCACAGAGACCAAGAAGAAUGAUAAUACAGGCAGAUAGAUACCUCAACUACAUCCCCUCUCCUUCUCAUUAGCCUCUUGUACAUGGAAAUUAUUGCUAUGUGUACUGUAUUGUGAUCUAAAGAGUUGCUGGCAUAAAAACCAUUAUGGCAAGUGUUUAUUAUUCCAUACCAUAAAUAUACUCUUCUAUGAGCAAA